AUGUCCAGGUACCACGUGGAGGUGGACAAGACCGCAACCUAUUGUCACAGCAGUCCAGAUACUCUGCCAACAGAUGCUUGGUUCUGGGCCGCAAUUGUGGUUAUUUCGUGUCUUGGCAUUCCCAUGGUAAUCGCCACAGCGUUGGAAUUAUUCAUCUGGCUACGGUGGAAAACGGAAACGUGGAACUUGAGCCGUUUACAGAAGGCGACCUUGCGAAAUUCGGAGGAAGCGGAGAACGUCGAAGCACUCGUGGAAGACGGCGGCGAACAAGAAGUACAAGGACUGUUGGGCCACGAAACAGUGAUAAUUACAAGCUAUGUUGAUUUUCGUGCGGAUAACCUAUUUGUCUACGCACAAGAGAACUUUCGUCGCUGGACCUUUCAAGCUCUAAUUAGCGCUCCUCUGUCUGUGGAUGUCUUCUUCAUGAUGUCGUUGACUCCGGCUUAUUUGUUGACAAUUUUGGUCUAUGCUGGCCUUUUUCAUCAUUUGUAUGAUGGCCCUUUCUUCCCGCAAAAACCUGAUUUGUUGGAUUCUAUCUAUUGCCGUAGACAUGGUUGGGUCACCUAUCUGAACAAUUUGAUCUAUCCUAAGGAACCGUGCAUGGCCUGGUCUUGGUAUCUGUCCAACGAUUUGCAGUUCUCCGUAAUUCUCGCCCCCAUAUUCAUCUCUCUAACUAGCUGGAAUGUGGUGGCUGGGAUGGUUUUUGCUGCCGCACUCAUAGUCUCUUCCAUUCUGGCCACAUUUGCAAUCGCCUACAGGAAUGAUUACCUGCCAGGUUCACUUUCCAUAGUGGACAGCUUUGAUACGAUCUACGUUAAACCGUACACCCGAUGGGGGACGUAUACAAUUGGUCUGGUUUUGGGCUGGAUUCUUCUGGAGCAGUACACACCUCCAAAGGUAGGCUGUUCACAGUUGAGAAAAAU